AAUUCGUGCGCAAACCAAAGAAAAGAGCUCCUACUGAACUCCCAGAAUACACUAGUGAAAUGUAUGCCAAAUUCUCAGCUCCCAAGGAGAGUCGGAAACAUGCACAGGCUUCUGACACUGAGGGGAAGGAGUCUGCUGUAAAUAGGAAGGGAGAGUGGAGUGAUGAGGAGCUGGUUCUCUUGUCAAAGGCUGUCAACAAGUUUCCUGGGGGAUGCCACCAGCGAUGGGAGAAGAUUGCCGACAUGGUUGGGCGGUCUGUUAGUGAGGUAGUUGCUAAAACAAAAGAGACCAAGGGAAACUACUCUAUGCAGCUGAGCACAUCUGUUCAGAAUUCUGGUUUUAGCUCUAAACUCCAGGGUGCGGCACCUUUAAUAAGUGAUGAUAUUAUAACACAUAACUUGCCAGAUGGUCAUUUUGAUACACCAGAUGACUUGAGCGAUAAUAGCUCAAUCAGAAAAAGACACAUACCUACAAAGGUAAAUAAGACUGCUGAAAGAACUGUUCUGAUAACACAAGCUGAUACACACCAGAGAUCUGCCACAGGGUCAGCCACAAACAAAGUCAUCACAGUUCCUCAAGUCAGUGGUACACAAGUUGCAUCUUCUGAUGAAUCUAGUAAGUGUAAGAAGGAAACAUGGACACAGAAUCAGCAGACCAUCUUUGAAUGGGCCCUGAAGCAGUUCCCAAAAGGUACAGACCAGCGCUGGGAGAAAAUUGCUGAACAGAUACCAGGGAAGUCCAAAGAAGACUGCGUUGCCAGGUUCAAGAUGCUGGCAGAGCUGGUCAGUAAGAGGAAGAAGACUGAGGUUCAAGACAUCACUUCCAGCUGA